UCGAAACAAAAGAAGAUCAGACAUUAAGAAAAAUAAAACCGAGUGUUGAAGAAAAGUUGAGAAAAUGCAGGCAACAAAGAAAGCAGUAGAGAACGUUAAGGAAACUGCAGCCAACGUUGGCGCCUCUGCCAAGUCUGGCCUAGAGAAGACCAAGGCCACUGUAACGGAGAAGGCUGAGAAGAUUUCAACUCAUGAUCCGAUACAGAAGGAGAUGGCAACACACAAGAAAGAAGAGAAGAUCCAACAGGCAGACAUGGAGAAGCAUGAGGCCCGCGAGCACAACGCUGCUGCCAAAAUGUCCGCCAUGGCUGGCCACAUGGACCGGGCUCCGUACAGCACCACUGGGCCUGCCACUAAGUCCACUGAUGUAAAUGGGCCUGGGUCUGAGCCUGCUGGUGAUGGACAACCAAUGGCACGACCAACUACAGGCAUGGGUGCAACCGCCGCCCAUGGAAAAGGGUCUAACUUCAAUUGAAAUUACUUAAUAAGUGUGAAUCUGUAAUUAGGCUGCUGCCUUUGUGACUUGUUUCAUUGUUUAGUUUGUGUAGCCCUUAGUACUA